CAUGGUUUUAAUAACGGUUUCUCGUUUUGUGGGCGUGUCCUGAUGGUCCAACGGCGGCAGAGCGGUGCAUUCGGCAUUUUAAAAUUAACAAUUAACUAGCCAGCCUGAUUUAAUAGCAUCACAUACUAAGUAGCUAAAGUGAAAGUCACAAAGUCCCUGUCAGACCAGAUCUACACUCUAGGCCGACCCCUGAGUUUGUGUUCUUUGCCAGGCCUCUGUCAAUAUGGCCAACCACCAAAUGCACUUCAGCUGCUCCUUGCAGGAGCUGCGCUCCCUCAUGGAGCUAAGAGGAGAAGAGGCAGUGACCAGGAUCAAUGAGAAAUACGGAGAUGUUAACGCACUGUGUGCCAGGCUGAGAACAUCACCUGUUAAAGGUUUAAAUGGAACAUUGGAGGACAUUGUCAAAAGGAGAGAAGAGUUUGGCCAGAACCACAUCCCCCCACAAAAACCAAAGACAUUUGUGGAGCUAGUGUGGGAGGCACUGCAGGAUGUCACCCUGAUCAUCCUGAUGCUGGCAGCCAUCUUUUCACUGGCCCUGUCUUUCUACCACCCACCCACGCAUAUACGACAGAAUUGUGGCAAAGCGUCUGGUGGCGUGGAGGAUGAAGGCGAGGCAGCGGCUGGGUGGAUCGAAGGCACUGCCAUCCUGCUGUCGGUGGUCUGCGUGGUCCUGGUGACAGCCUUUAACGACUGGAGCAAAGAGAAGCAGUUCCGCGGCCUCCAGAGCCGCAUCGAGCAUGACCAGAUGUUCACCGUUGUCCGAGAGGGGCAGGUCAUCCAGAUCAAUGUGUCCGAGAUUGUCGUCGGAGACAUUGCGCAAGCCAAAUACGGUGACCUCCUCCCUGCUGAUGGCAUCCUAAUUCAGGGCAAUGAUUUGAAGAUUGAUGAAAGCUCUCUGACUGGAGAGUCGGAUCAUGUCAAGAAGAGUGUCAACAAAAACCCCAUGUUGCUGUCAGGCACCCAUGUGAUGGAGGGCUCUGGCAAGUUUUUGGUCACCGCUGUAGGUGUGAAUUCUCAGACAGGAAUCAUCUUAACACUGCUUGCUGCUGGUGAAGAUGAGAAGAAUGACAAACCAAAAAAAUCCCAGGUUUUACCCAUGGUAGAGAUGCAGCCGCUUAACGAGGAGAAAGAACCAGGCGAGAUGAAAACCCUACCAAAGAAGGAGAAGUCUGUUCUCCAGGGGAAGCUGUGCAAAAUGGCUAUGCAGAUCGGCAAAGCAGGUCUGAUUGUUGCAUUUCUCACUGUCACCAUCCUCAUCAUUCGCUUCCUGAUCAGUACCUUCUUGGUUGAAAGGGUCCCCUGGGCCCAUGCAUGUCUGCCCAUCUAUGUACAAUUCUUGGUCAAGUUCUUCAUCAUCGGUGUGACGGUGCUGGUGGUGGCUGUGCCUGAAGGUCUUCCUCUGGCUGUCACCAUCUCCCUGGCCUAUUCAGUCAAGAAAAUGAUGAAGGACCACAAUUUGGUUCGCCACCUGGAUGCCUGUGAGACGAUGGGCAACGCCACAGCCAUCUGUUCUGACAAGACGGGAACACUCACUAUGAACCGCAUGACGGUGGUGCAGACAUACAUUGCUGGACGCUACUACAAGAAGUUGCCAAAGCCAGACCAGAUCCCUGCCCCGAUCCUGGACCUGCUUGUCCAGGGCAUCGGGGUCAACUGCGCCUAUACCAGCAAGAUAAUGCCAGCAGAGAAGGAGGGGGGGCUGGCUCGCCAGGUUGGAAACAAGACUGAAUGUGCCUUACUCGGAUUUUCCCUAGACCUGCACCGAGACUACCAGACCAUCCGCAGCAAAAUUCCAGAAGAGAAGCUUUUCAAGGUCUACACCUUCAACUCUGCGAGGAAGUCCAUGAGCACAGUGCUAAAGAACCAUGAUGGCAGCUACCGAAUGUACAGCAAAGGGGCGUCUGAGAUCCUGCUCAGGAAGUGCUGUAAGAUCCUGAUGGAGCCUGGCGAGGUUAGAGCCUUCAAACGUCAGGACCAAGACAACGUGGUGAAGAAGGUUGUUGAAUCCAUGGCGUCAGAGGGCCUAAGGACCAUCUGCCUCGCCUACAGAGACUUUCCUACCACUGACGGAGAGCCUAACUGGGAAGACGAGGCCCGCAUUCUCAGCGACCUAACCUGUAUUGCACUGGUUGGCAUUGAAGAUCCUGUACGACCUGAGGUACCAGAAGCCAUUAGACAGUGCCAGCGGGCCGGGAUCACUGUCCGCAUGGUGACCGGAGACAAUAUUGAUACUGCCCGGGCCAUUGCCAUCAAAUGUGGCAUCCUGCAACCCGGAGAUGACUUCCUGUGUAUGGAGGGCAAAGAGUUCAACCAUCGGAUCCACAACCGCCGGGGAGAGAUUGAGCAGGAGCUUAUUGAUAAGAUCUGGCCAAAUUUGAGAGUCCUUGCCAGAUCAUCUCCAACGGACAAACACACUCUGGUCAAAGGUAUGAUCGACAGCACCGUGCUGGAGGAGAGGCAGGUUGUUGCUGUAACCGGAGACGGAACAAACGACGGCCCCGCCCUCAAGAAAGCAGAUGUCGGCUUCGCCAUGGGCAUUGCGGGGACGGAUGUGGCAAAGGAGGCUUCUGACAUCAUCUUGACAGAUGAUAACUUCAGAAGCAUCGUGAAGGCUGUGAUGUGGGGCAGAAACGUCUACGACAGCAUCGCCAAGUUCCUGCAGUUCCAGCUCACAGUCAAUGUGGUCGCCGUCAUCGUGGCCUUCAUGGGAGCCUGCAUCACCCAGGAUUCUCCUCUGAAAGCUGUGCAGAUGUUGUGGGUCAACCUCAUCAUGGACACCUUCGCUGCACUGGCUCUCGCCACCGAGCAGCCAACCGAGGAGCUGCUGCUCAGGAAACCGUAUGGUCGGAACAAGGCGCUCAUUUCCCGCACCAUGUUGAAGAACAUCCUUGGACACGCCAUCUACCAGCUAGCCGUAAUCUUCACCCUGCUUUUCUGUGGUGAUACGCUGUUUGAUAUUGACAGUGGCAGGGACGCCCCCCUCCACGCCCCGUCCUCUGAGCACUACACCAUCGUGUUCAACGUGUUUGUUCUGAUGCAGAUCUUUAAUGAGAUCAACGCCCGCAAGAUUCAUGGCGAGAGAAAUGUGUUUGAGGGCAUCUACAACAACCUCAUCUUCUGCUUUAUCCUCCUGGGAACCAUUUUCACACAGAUCAUCAUUAUUCAGUUUGGUGGUAAACCAUUCAGCUGUGUUGGUCUGACCAUCGAUCAGUGGCUGUGGUGUACCUUCCUGGGUUUCGGCAGCCUCCUGUGGGGACAGCUGGUAACCAGUGUCCCCACCAGCUGGCUGAAGUUCCUGAGGCUGCCAGGUGAAGCCACGCAGCAGGAGAACCCUGAGGGUGAGAUGGAUGAGACCAAGACUCAGGAAGAGAUCGACCACGCUGAGAAGGAGCAAAUGAAGAGAAAGAGGUGGCUCCGCAGCUACAACCGCGUUUUGACACAGACUCGUGUAAUGGAUGCCUUCAGACACAGCGUGUCUCCCCGCAAAGGUCUGGAGAAACCUGAGUCUCGCAACUCCAUCCACAGCUUCAUGAGCAACCCGGAGUUCUGCAUCAAGGCCUCGGCUGCUCAGGUCCCCUUGAUCGUCAAAGAUGAUGCUGUUAACGAUAAAGUAGUGUAAAGGUUUCAUAUUCAUAUGAUGUCUAGUAUAAAUAUCUUUGACCUUAUGUAACCAUUGUUGUUGUAGUUGUCCAAAUAUGGCUAGUCCAUAUCUACGUCCUGUACAAAUGUCUGUCACGACGUGCUGUACCCGUGUUUUAUGUUUCUGCAGAACAGGAGCGUGCUGAAAACAGGUUGAGUCAGGCCCGUUUAUAUUGUGAUGUUACUUUUAACUUUCCUGUACAA